AUGGCGAGCAACGCUGCCAGUCUCAACGCGGUGCGGGAGACCAUGGACGUUCUGUUUGAGAUUUCAAGAAUAUUAAACACUGGCUUGGAUAUGGAGACAUUGUCUAUUUGUGUGCGGCUUUGUGAACAGGGGAUAAAUCCAGAAGCAUUAUCAUCCGUUAUUAAAGAACUGCGUAAGGCUACAGAAGCUCUAAAGGCUGCUGAAAACAUGACAGGCUGACAUGGGACAAGAUUUCUGCAUGAAUAGAGUGCCAAGUUAACAGAGACUUUGAAGAUUGCCGCUAUUCAGAGAAGAAGUGAAAUAAAUGUGUGUGCAAAGGCUUUCAGAAUAUUUCUGUAAUCUUCUUGAAAAGGAUGAUGUAUAGAACAGCUUUGAAAAGUUUUUUAGUAAGUUCACCAAUAAUCCCAUUACCUAGUAUUUUUGUGAGCUAUUUGUGAAUAUAGUGCAAUUACUCUUAUUUGGCAUCCAGUAUUUUUUAAACCAUGUCAGAUACUGCACACUUGCUGAACUUACUAAUUUGUAGCAACGAAUAUUGUUGUGAUGCAUAUAGCUUGUUAAUGCAUCCUUAGAAGUGCUACUAUAUCCUGGGUUUUAUAUCUUGCUUUGAUGUAAAACUACAUGUACAAUUUUAGUUUUGCUUUAUGGGCCAGAUAAGAAUGAAGCCCAUCCUGACUUUAUUUUAAUUAGAGAAAGGGUAGUGACUUAAGUCUCAAUCUGAAAGUAAGAAAUAAAGCACUUUUGAUAAUGUAGGUAAUGAAUUGUCCUUUUGCUUCAAACUGCUGGAAAAAGUGUUUUUUAACUUGGAUUACAAAGGAACUUCAGUUAUCCAUGCAGAAAUAUAUGUAAAUUUCAAUUCUAGAUUACACGGAAUAUUUUAGUGUUCAAAUGCUACAUUUGUUACGUUUGUUCUGACUACUAGACCUAAAAAUAUUAAGGCUAUAUUGUUCAUAGUGAAAGCAUAUAUGAAAGCAUUGGAUUUGGUUGAUGGGAAUCAAUGAGUCUUAAAGUCAUUUGGUAUAGGAAUGUCUUCCCAUUCAGCACUAGGAGUCUUCACUGAUGCCAAAACAAGUGUUUAUUAUAUACAGUAAACUGUUUAUCAUGUUACUUUCCAGUAAAUAUCCUUGCAUCCAGGAAUUCCACUUCAUAAGAAAAUAGUUUCUUGUGUGUUCUUCCUCUGCUGCUGUUUAAGCUUUUUUAUUUUUUUGUUAGCGUGGUUUCAAGGUGUAGUGUUAAUGGGAUGUAAAGUAACCUCCAAGGUUAAUAGGGUGGAGCACUUUUGGAAAUGAACAUGGAAUCUUAGUUAAGCCAAACUUUAUAUUUGUGCAAAGAAAAAACAGUUCUUUCUACUUUAAGAGUUUACAUUGUAUGCACUCUACGUCAUUGCUCUACAAAAAGUGAUCAAGGAGGCUAAAUACUUUAUAUUGCUGGCAGAGAGAAAAAAAAUAUUUAUAUUAUACUGAAUCAUUUACCAUUAUUUCCAGUUAGCCUGGCCAAAAGAUCAUUCCAGGAGGAUGCUGUGAACUUCUGGAUAACCAAGCUGGGGAACUUUUAAGUGAUAGUUUGCUCACUCAUAUGAACACUUAAAAUCCUUUGUAAGUUAGUAUUGUAACUUCAGGUUGAUAACUUUUAAAUACUAGGUGUAAUGUUUUUUGAAAACGUUAAGGUAUUCCUAGUAUGAAAGGGUAUCAACAAUGAAAUUUAUCCUAGGAAAUCUGAAACAUAAGUAAAACAUCAUGAAAACACCAGGUCAGAUCAACGCAAUUUGGCAAUUAGCUCUUCUACUUAACUUUAUUAGACUCAGUGCUACAUGUCAAAAAAAUGAAAAAAGACUGGGGAGCAUUCUUGCUGUUUUCAGGAGCCACAUCGAAGUCUGUGAGUUCUCACUUGUGAAACUUAUACUCUGAAAAUUUUGUGUAAACUAUAGCAAAUGUGCCCAAAAUAAUUAUGAAAUCCUAUUAAAGUGCAUGUUCCUGCUG